AUGGACCAUGCCGCCCUCAUCGAGAUAUUUCCCAGCAUUCUGGCCUCGCUGCAGAAUGCCAAAUUUCGUAACAACUGGAAACUUAUCCGCGCCUUGCUGCCCCAUCUGGGCCGCUUGCGAGAGGUCGUGCUGCUCAAGAGAGUACUUGAUAUAUGGAUGGCAAAGGUGGAGCAAAGAGUAGAGCUCGCGAGGGUGGAGGGAGAGACGCUGGAGCCGGAAAAAGUGGAGAAAUGGUACCACGAGUUUCUUGCCGAGUCGGCCUGGCAUUUCUCCAAGGCCGAUAGCUGGGUAGCAGGGCAGAGCGAGCCUCUACAAAACGUCGCUGUCCUCCAGUACCAAAGCACAGUACUAGUCAAGCAUCUACUGCAGACUUUGGCUAUGCUGCCUUCCUCGUCAACUUGCCGACUACAUCUUUCCGCGCCUUUUUUCGAAUGGCUUUUCGUCAAGCGGCAUCUCGACUACGAUUUAUGCCAGACUCUGCUAUCACAUGCUCUGCAUCACAAGAUCCCUCUGAGCACAGGUGUCUACAGUGCCGCUGCCAUGGUCGCUCUCAAAGAGGGUCAUACCAGCGAAGCAAUGGCGCUCAUGAAGAAGAGAGAACAAGAAGGCGUGCGCGGAUAUAUCGGGUCUGACGAUCCAAUCAAAGAAGAGAGAGAAAAUGUGGCAUCCGUCAUUGCCAACAUGCUCGUCGCCAAAACAGGCAGCUCGCCCGAAACCCUCUUACAAAUCCUCGAACCAUAUCUCUCUUCCGAACCCCAGCCCCUACCCGAUGCUUCUGAAGCUUGUAACGAUAUCGUCCUCUACCGACACGCCUGGUCUAUACUCCUCUCGCGCCUCGCCAGAGAAAAGACUGUCACGUCUGAAACGCUCCUCGAGCUUAGUGAGACAAUGCCCGUGAGCUGUACCGUCGGGCAUACCAUGACCUGCCUCGUGCACGGGCUCAUGCUCCGCGGCGAACUCAACAAGGCUUGGCAGAUCCUCAACGCGCUCGCCGAUAUGGAAAGGAAUGCGACAGACAAGGAGCGGGGGAGAUACUUUGACAGAGUGGCCCUUGCUGUUGGGGCGCAAGUCUGCCACGGCCUUCAUGGGCUCGACGCGGCUAUCGAGUAUGUCGAUAACUGGGCUUUACGGCCAUGGCAGUCUUUGCCUUCACCGGGCCAGGUCGAUAAUAGUAUCAAGCUUGACCGUGUCUGUCUCGACGUCCUCCUCGGUCUAUGCAAAGCCGAAGGCGCCGUCAGCAUCGCGUUCAGACUGUGGAAAGCGGCUUUGCCGAGGUGGGGCGUCUAUGCAGAUGACUCGAGCUUGAAGGUGCUCGUAGACGGAGCAAGGUAUGCGAGUCAAAACAAAGAAAUGUCUGAAGAAGAAGUGUUCAGGGAGAGAUGGCGAGAUAUGAAAGCUGGAUUCUCUUUCAGGCGCAAAGAGGUGGAAGAGGAUCAAUUCGAGGCGUACGAUGCUGCAGGCUUCGCCAAAGGUCCCACGUCUGUCCUCCUUGAUCCACCGAACAAUACUUGGCAUGACGAGCAUCGCGAGAAGCCAUGGCAAAUUGCGAGGAGCGUGUUCAGGAAGGUGCUUCUGGGCAAUUGGCCGGGGCUCAGUGAUGUGGUAUCCCCUUUGGACGAAGUGGAACAGACCAUGAUGGACCGCUUCAGCGCGCUCUUUGACGGUGACUCGGGGAUAACCCACUCCACUCCUCGUCCUUCUUCAUCCACUUCCCCCGACACACCUCUCCCCGCCCCGCACGCACCAUACACCCACAUCUGUCCUUCCUCAUCAGCCUUCCACUCUUACAUCGCCCUACUGGGGUACUACAGCCUCCCCCAAGAGAUCCCGCUCAGUUUUGCGUGGAUGCGCUCUUUGGGAGUAAAGCCAAAAUGGGAGACAUUGCGCUUGGGAUUGAUGUAUGUGGGCGAGGCCGAGGGGCCGAGAAGGUGGGUCAAGGGGCCUGGAGGAGAGAGGAGAUUGGUGAGGGAUGAGGAGGUUCUGAGAGAAUGGUUGCAGGGAUGGUUGGAGGAUGAUUCGCGGAGUCUGGAAGGUAGUGAGAUGAGCGUGCCGAGUGAAGGUGAUGUGGCGGAGUUUAGGAGGAUGUUUUCUAAGAGGAACCAGAGGAUCACUGCCGAGUAG